AAAAGCCUGAGACGUCCAGGGGAUAGGACCUGCGUGGUUGAGAGCCCGAGAGCUGCGACCUGCGACUUGAGAAGGGCGUAGAAAACUAGCCAAGCUGCUGCAGGCCAGAUUCCAAUUUCCAGAAGUGAGGGCCAAAUUACUGGCCUAGGUGUAGGCGAUAUCCUGCCCCGCAAGUUAUAUCACUCUCUUACAAAAGGACCAUCCCAGUUGAGAUAUUCACAUAUCGAUACCUUCCCAACAAGAAGAAAAGGAUCUUAGAAGCAUGGCACCCACACCCGAUGCAGAGGAUGAGAUCAAGGACGAGAAGAACCCUAGGCCCCUCGAUGAAGACGAUAUUGCUCUCCUCAAGACAUAUGGUCUGGGACCUUAUUCAAAUAGUAUAAAGAAAGCUGAAAAAGAAAUUAAGGAAAUGGCAAAGAAGAUCAAUGAUUUAUGUGGUAUCAAGGAAUCUGACACUGGUUUGGCUGCACCAAGUCAAUGGGAUCUUGUUUCGGAUAAGCAAAUGAUGCAGGAGGAGCAACCACUUCAGGUGGCAAGAUGUACAAAAAUAAUCAGUCCAAAUACUGAAGAUGCAAAAUAUGUUAUAAACGUAAAACAAAUAGCCAAGUUUGUUGUUGGAUUGGGCGACAAAGUUUCACCAACUGAUAUUGAAGAGGGCAUGCGAGUUGGAGUUGAUCGGAACAAAUAUCAAAUCCAGAUUCCCUUGCCCCCUAAAAUUGAUCCAAGUGUCACCAUGAUGACUGUUGAGGAAAAGCCUGAUGUGACAUAUAAUGAUGUUGGUGGAUGCAAGGAACAAAUUGAAAAGAUGAGGGAGGUUGUUGAGCUGCCGAUGCUCCACCCAGAAAAGUUUGUGAAGCUUGGUAUUGACCCACCCAAAGGCGUUCUCUGCUAUGGCCCACCUGGAACAGGGAAAACACUACUGGCCAGAGCAGUGGCUAAUAGAACAGAUGCUUGCUUCAUCCGUGUAAUUGGCAGUGAACUUGUCCAGAAAUAUGUUGGUGAAGGAGCUCGGAUGGUUCGCGAACUCUUUCAGAUGGCUCGCUCUAAAAAAGCUUGCAUUGUGUUCUUUGACGAAGUGGAUGCAAUUGGAGGAGCAAGGUUUGAUGAUGGGGUUGGGGGAGACAAUGAAGUUCAACGGACUAUGCUUGAAAUUGUGAACCAACUCGAUGGCUUUGAUGCACGUGGAAAUAUCAAAGUUCUCAUGGCAACCAAUAGACCAGACACUCUUGAUCCUGCAUUGUUGCGUCCUGGGCGGUUGGAUCGCAAAGUUGAGUUUGGAUUGCCUGAUCUGGAAAGCAGGGCACAGAUUUUCAAGAUCCACACGAGGACGAUGAACUGUGAAAGGGACAUCCGUUUUGAACUCCUAGCUCGUCUUUGUCCCAACUCUACUGGGGCUGACAUACGAAGCGUGUGCACGGAGGCGGGUAUGUAUGCAAUCAGAGCAAGGAGAAAGACAGUGACAGAGAAGGACUUUCUAGAUGCUGUCAAUAAAGUCAUCAAGGGGUAUCAGAAAUUUAGUGCCACUCCCAAGUACAUGGUCUACAAUUGAUUCAUUCCUGAGCCAGUGCCUAGUGGUGGCGGUGGUGGUGGUCAGGACGGUGGGGUAUGGAUUAGGUCACCUGCAAAAGAGUCGAAACACACUUGUGCCCAAUGCAUGGCGUUAUUAGUGAUCUAAGAACUUGAAACUGCAUUCUUGUUGUUGACCUUAUAGGCUAAUGCUAUAGUUAUCCGUCCAGACGUUUUUAAUGAGAUUCUGUUCUCAUAACUUGCAACUAUAUCAGUCUGUAUGCUUCCCUUAUUCUCUAAUGCUUUAGACGUCGACUGCAGUUUUCAUUCAAUUCUAAAGCACCUGAAAUUUCUUUUAUUGGUCGUUUUGUAUUAUGGCUUGAACAAGUGUGUUGCUAAUUCGAAAAAAAUGAUGCUUUUCAGAAUGUUCUAAUAAGUACAACAAAUUG